AGGUGACCAAAUAAAUUAGUUUCUUUUUUUCUUUCUGUCGUAUAGGCAAAUGGUUUUGUGCUUUUCAUAACUGUAGACGUAUUAUUCGUUGUAAGAAGAUUCAGUUGAUUUAUCAAAUAAUGGGGAAUGCUUGGGCUGCAUAUACUGAUCCGGAAGGAACUCCACAUCCGCUAAAAGGACCGUCGUUCGAUCCUAUGUAUGGUUUUCCAAAUGGCAGAAAGGAAAGAGUGAUGGUAGCUACAUUGGAGGAGAUGGAAUCGGGGAAACUUCCGCUUGAGGAUCGAGACUUCUGUGCGCAUAUUUUGUUGAAAUACCGUGCCUGCAGAGUAGACAAUGCCCCCUGGCUUUGGCGGUGUGAGCAUGAGAAGCAUGAAUACCUGCAGUGCGAAUAUGAAGACUACAUUUUAAGAAUGAAGGAGUUUGAACGUGAACGUCGAUUGCUCCAACGAAAGAAACGCAUUGAGGCGAGAGCGCAGCUCAGUGAGACUCUGACAGCCUGAUGCAGGGAGAUUUGUGUAGUUUAGCGAGUACUGCCACCUGAUGGUGAAAGCUUUUUACAGUGUGUUUUUGGUUCAGGGAUUUGUGGUUUGGAUAAGGGUUUAUCUUUGUUCAGAUCCAUUUCUUGGAAACUUUGUGCUGAGUGGUGUGAAGUUCAUCGUAAUGGAAUGGAAUGUGCCCCGUUUGAGUGGUACAAAAUGCAGAAUUCAGUCUUGUAAAUAUGGAGUGGUGUUCGUAAGUUAUGACUUCUGUUAAUUGUACAGAGCUAGUAGAGGUCUGUAUUUGUUGUGAAAUAAACUGUGUUAGCAACA